AAGAAGAAGAACAAAGAGUUUAACAAGUGCGGAGACACACUUUUUCUCCCUUUUUUGUUUCUUUUUUUUUUUUUUUGAAACACAAAGCAGUUACUGCGCGUAUUAUAUCGACGACCAAAACACGACCACGUAGUCCAACGCGGAAAUACUAACGGUCCAGAUUAGACGAGCCGACAUUUUGUAUAAGCCGAGCUGCAAACAGCCGAAGGAGACUCCACCUCGAAAAAGAUUCUGAAAAAGCCAGACAAACAAAGCCGGGCCGCCCCACUAAUCCGACACGUGUCGUAUAAGGAACCGUCUUGAUCUUGGGGACCCCACAAUCAAAUCAACACGAGAGAAACGCCCACCUAACGCACUUCUUAUCUAAAAAAAACCAAACGGUGCAAAGUCAACCACGUGUCGUUUCGGAUUUGCAUUAUUACAACCUUGAUCCGACGGAUCUCAAACCGUCUUUCACCCUCCCCCCAACACUCCAAAAAAAUCCACCCAACAGAGCUUCUCUUCUUCUCCUCCUCCGGAGCACCACCACAGACCACCCUUUCUUAUUUUCCCGGCGAGCCCCAAAACCCAACACGAAUUCCAAUUCUACCCCUGACCUUCUUCCCAAAUUCCUCCCCCCAAAAAAGAAAAAAAAAUUCAAAUUUCUAAUUUUUUUUUUUGGUAUUUUGUAGUUUUUAAUAAUGGCGGAUUCGGACAACGAGUCGGGAGGGCAUAACAACAGCGGAGAGCCGUCGGCGCGUGAACAGGACAGGUUCUUACCCAUCGCAAACGUCAGCAGGAUCAUGAAGAAGGCAUUGCCUGCAAACGCAAAGAUCUCCAAAGACGCCAAAGAGACCGUACAAGAGUGCGUCUCCGAGUUCAUCAGCUUCAUCACUGGCGAGGCCUCCGACAAGUGUCAGAGGGAGAAGAGGAAGACGAUCAACGGCGACGACCUCUUGUGGGCCAUGACCACCCUGGGUUUCGAAGAUUACGUCGAACCCCUCAAGAUUUAUCUGCAGAAAUACAGAGAGCUAGAAGGCGAGAAAACCUCCAUGGGAAAGCCGGGAGAGAAGGAUGGAAGUGGGGGUUCCGGCGGCGGCGGUGGGACUGCCUCCGGUGGUGGUGGGAGUGGUGGAGGUGCAGUGAGCUCAGGGAGUGGGGGUGUUGGGUAUAAUGGUGUUGGUGGGAUGUACGGUGGGAUGAUGAUGAUGGGGCACCAUCAGGGACAGGUGUACGGUUCCGGUGGGUAUCAUCAAAUGGGUAUUGGCGGCGGCGGCGGCGGUGGUGGUGCUCUUGGUAAGAGUGGUGGCUCCGGCGGUUCUGUGAAAUCGAGAUAGAUUCUUGGAUAAAUGGGGUCUGGAAAAUAUGAACAGAAAUGCUGAUAAAAAUGACUGCUCUUUUUUUUUUUAUUUUCUCCCUUAGGAUUUCUCACUCUUGUUUAAUUUUACUAUAUGAUCGAAAGGGGAUUUGUCAAUUUUAGAGAGUUGGGUUUUUUUUUUUUUUUUUAUUAUUAUUCUUUAAUUUCUUUCUUUUGGGUUUAAUAUUGUGUAAUAGUGCGAAAGAAGAAGAUAGAGAGCAUGGUAUAAAAAAAUGUAACUUUGCUAAGGAUAGAGAACUACUACUAAUUGAGAGAGAGACAAAAAAAAAACAUAAAACUUGGAAAAUUGUUUCUCUGUCUCUGUAUCAUAUAGAAUAUUUAUCUCAUCUAGAGCUUGUUUCUCA